GUGCCGCCGCCCCCACCCGGAAGCGGAGCAGCGCCGCGCAGGCGCCCUUCCCGCGCCCGGCGCCAUUGCGGUGCUGGCGGCGCGGCCCGGCCCGGCCAUGGCCACCGACUCGUGGGCCCUGGCCGUGGACGAGCAGGAGGCGGCGGCGGAGUCGCUGAGCACUCUGCAGCUGAAGGAGGAGAAGGCCAAGCCCGACGCCAAUGGUGCUGUGCUGAAGGCAGACGACAACGCGGAGAGGACGGAGGAUGAGGAGAAAGAGGACCGAGCCGCCCAGUCCCUGCUGAACAAGCUGAUCCGCAGCAACCUGGUGGAUACCACCAACCAGGUGGAGGUGCUGCAGCGGGACCCCACCUCGCCUCUCUACUCCGUCAAGUCCUUCGAGGAGCUGCACCUGAAACCACAGCUCCUUCAGGGAGUCUAUGCCAUGGGCUUCAACAGACCAUCAAAGAUACAGGAGAACGCCCUGCCCAUGAUGCUCGCUGAACCCAGCCCGCAGAACCUGAUCGCACAGUCUCAGUCCGGUACUGGCAAGACGGCCGCCUUCGUCCUCGCCAUGCUCAGCCGCGUCGAACCCGGGAACAAGUACCCACAGUGCCUGUGCCUUUCCCCAACGUACGAGCUGGCACUUCAGACAGGAAAAGUGAUCGAACAGAUGGGCAAGUUUUACCCAGAGCUGAAGCUUGCAUACGCUGUCCGAGGCAAUAAAUUGGAGAGAGGUCAGAAGAUCUCGGAGCAGAUCGUGAUCGGCACGCCCGGCACGGUGCUGGACUGGUGCUCCAAGCUGAAAUUCAUCGAUCCCAAGAAAAUCAAAGUGUUCGUCUUGGACGAGGCGGACGUGAUGAUAGCAACCCAGGGCCAUCAGGAUCAGAGCAUCCGCAUUCAGAGAAUGCUCCCCAGGGACUGCCAGAUGCUGCUGUUCUCAGCCACUUUUGAGGAUUCUGUGUGGAAAUUUGCUCAAAAAGUUGUUCCUGACCCAAACAUUAUCAAACUGAAGCGAGAGGAGGAGACUCUGGACACUAUUAAGCAGUAUUACGUUCUGUGCAAUAGCAGAGAUGAGAAGUUCCGCGCUCUCUGUAAUAUCUACGGCGCUAUCACCAUUGCCCAGGCCAUGAUCUUCUGCCACACUCGGAAGACGGCUGGCUGGCUGGCAGCAGAGCUCUCGAAGGAAGGCCACCAGGUGGCACUGCUCAGUGGGGAAAUGAUGGUGGAGCAGAGAGCCGCGGUGAUAGAGCGCUUCCGAGAGGGCAAGGAAAAGGUGCUGGUGACCACCAAUGUCUGUGCCAGAGGGAUCGAUGUGGAGCAGGUGUCUGUUGUUAUCAAUUUUGACCUUCCUGUGGACAAGGAUGGAAACCCAGACAACGAGACCUACCUGCACCGCAUCGGGCGCACGGGUCGCUUCGGCAAGCGAGGGCUGGCGGUCAACAUGGUGGACAGCAAGCACAGCAUGAACAUCCUCAACAGGAUCCAGGAACACUUCAACAAAAAGAUCAACAAAUUGGAUACGGACGACUUGGACGAAAUCGAGAAGAUAACUAACUGAAGGACAGCUGCUGGAACCGGUGCGUCCCCUGCUGUGGAAGCUCUCCCACUCCAAUUGGAUUCAGCGUUCAGAUUGGCACGCCUCCCAGCCAGUCCCGAAGAGGACUCCUAAGAUACGAGUACACAAAAAUUACCUCAUUUUAAAAAUUGCAGUUGGACUUUCAAACGCGCAACUAAAGGGGGUGGGGAGGAAGAGGAAAUGUUUACAGAAGCUUUUAACAUUUCUUAGUCUAGCCUUAAAAUGGGAAGAUCUUUUGAAUGCUAAGAAGUAAACUUGCCGCGAGUGGGCAAUGUGUAAUUACUGAAAACUAAUCUGGGGGGGGAGAAAAAAAAAAAAAGGGAAAAAAAAAAAAAAAAAAAGCUUUAUUGCUUUUCAUUGGAGCAAAGUUCAGCGAUCCGUUUAAAGACAGAAAAAAAAGAUAGAAACGAAACCAAGGCAGCUGGUUUUUUGGCUAAAAAACUCAACUUGUACAAAAUAGGAUGUCACUCUCCUUGGCGCUCCCCUGAGCUCUUCAGACUUAUUUCUGGCUUCCUGAUGGAUUUGUUAAGUAAAUUGUCCAGGGGGUGUCUCCAGUAAGUCAGUCUCUAACACGGGUGCCAUGUUGCUUUUGCCGGGCAGCGCUUUCUUUUGACUUUGUCCUUCAUCUGUUAGAACGGCCGCUGAGCAGCGGUGGCAGUGCUGCAGUAAGUGCUCGACGAGUUCACCUGAAGCGUUUAACCUUGCCAAACUAUAGGUGGGGGGCGGGGGGGGGAGGGGACUGUACUAAUUAAUUUUCUGAAUAAAUUUGCCUCUGUACAAUGCUAGCGUCCGUUGGGGCGGGGGUUAGCCACCUUCAGGCAGGAGGUGCUGGUUCUGAGAUGCUGCUGCGUGAAUCAUGUAUACGGAACUGCUGGAUUUCCCUGACCGAUAAUAGAAAUAUUGAUCUGGCUUCAAAAAAAAAAAAAAUUCCUAACAAACAGCACGUGUUGACCAAAAACCCUACCUUUAGAAAGGCCAAAUUGGACCCGUGAUGGGAUGCUCCAGUAGCUGAGGUCAGAGGGCGGAGGGGAAGCGCUCCCCGCUCUCGUUGCGCCCGCAGUGCAGCUCAGCCCGGCGGCCAGGGCCUCGCCUCAAGGUGACCCGCACCAGGGGAGGAACGAGCAGCAACUUCUGUGGCUCGGAGUUGGGUUGGGACCACUGCAGCACGUGGGGAAAAGCCUGCAGGUUGCAGCCCCAGCCUGGUUCCCAGGGGAUGGAGGCUCUUGAGCUGCAGCUUAGCGGUGCAGCCACCGGCCGCUCCUCGGUGCAGGAAUCACUUCCCAACAGAUGGAUACGUUGUGAAUUUAAAACUAGGAAUUUACUCUGCAAUUCCGGCCUUCACAUUCUGUUCACAGACAGGAACGUGGAUCCUUUUACCAAGUAAAAAAGAAAAAAACAAACAAACAACGAAACGAAAAAACGAAAGGCUCAUUUAAAAUGUACCUAAAAUUUUAGGAAACUGCGCACCCUUUUAUCGAUUUGUAUAAAGGCCUUAGUGGAAAAAAAAAAAAAAGAAAAAAAAGAAAAAAAAAAAGGAAAAACAAAAAAACUGUUCGACUUUUUUGUAUUCCGGGGUGUAUCUAUUUUUAUUCUGUUGGAAACCUAUUUAAAGUGGCAGGUGAGUGAGUGCUUGCGUGCAGAGUGGAAGAGUUGUUUCAAUCACCUCCUUUCGUGGUACAGCUGAACGACCUCGUGACAGCAGUGAGUUGAACUGUCAUGAAAGCUGCUGGGCCUGUGUGCUGUUUCUAAUGUACUUUUAAUUGGAAUAAAGAACACAUACCGAC